UAUCAGAUCCGUAUGCCCUUCCCCCUUUCACAAGACUCUCAACACACUUUUCCCAUCCAGUCAUCUGCCCCAGUGUCCUAGCCUCGUGUCAUCUCCAUUCUUUGUAUUUGCUGUGGCCCACCCUUUAUGUCUACAUUCCAGCUUUACCCAGUUAUUUAUACUCCCUGUCCUGCCCCUCCCCAUCCUACUUCUCCUCACAUGUUCUCACCCCACUGCUUCACGUGCUGCUGUCUUUCCUGCUCACCCAUGUUAUCUUUCUAAGUCUUGAUCUGUAUCCCUCUGCUGUUCUGCCCAGACUGUCCCAUUCAGCUGUCACUCUGUUUAUUGUUACCUUGCGUUUUACUCUUCUCAUCCUCUUUGUAACCUCUUCCAUUUCUUAAACCCCCUCAUUUCAUUUCCUCACUGUUUUCACCCCAUUCUCCUCUUAUAAAUCCGAAAGUAUGUUCAGCUAUUCAUUUCAUCCUAUUCUUUGCCUUUCUGUUUGCUUCCUAAAUUCCACCAUGCAGCUUACCAGUCACCAACCACCCUCUCUGUGUCUCAAAAUUUCACCCCUCUCUAUGUGGUUUUUUCUCUUCCCAUACUGCUUUAUCUUUCUCCUUGUGUAUCCCGGUAGGUCAGGAUGGUAGGGGAACGGCGUGCUGGAGACCUCAUGGUGCCCUUAGGGCCCCGACUGCAGGCAUAUCCUGAAGAACUCGUUCGACAGCGGCCUGGGCAUGAUGGGCGUCCUGAAUACCUGAUCCGAUGGAGUAUUCUGAAGUGUGGGGAAGUGGGCAAAAUGGAUGUGGAGGAAGGCAAGGCAGAGCACAUCCUCAUGUGGCUGUCAGCCCCCGAGGUCUACGCCAACUGCCCCAUGUUGUUAGGUGAACGGGCACUAUCUCAGGGACCUCAGCAUGAACCAGCUGGAGGUUCAGGAAGCUUCCCCCGAGAACCAGGAAGCCUGGAUGAAGUGGCAAUGGGAGAGAUGGAGGCUGAUGUGCGGGCGCUGGUACGCAGGGCUGCCAGGCAGCUGGCAGAAGGUGGAACCUCAAGUCUCACAGCCGCUGUGCUCCACACCAUCCACGUGCUCAGUGCUUAUGCCAGCAUUGGGCCCCUCACUGGUGUCUUCAGGGAGACAGGAGCCCUGGACCUGCUCAUGCACAUGUUGUGCAAUCCUGAGCCUCAGAUCCGUCGGAGUGCAGGCAAAAUGCUGCAGGCUCUGGCAGCCCAUGAUGCUGGGAGUCGGGCUCACGUCCUUCUGUCACUGAGCCAGCAAGAUGGCAUUGAGCAGCACAUGGAUUUUGACAGCCGCUAUACUUUGCUGGAGCUGUUUGCAGAAACUACAUCCUCUGAAGAACACUGCAUGGCCUUUGAGGGUAUUCAUCUGCCUCAGAUCCCAGGAAAGCUGCUCUUCUCCCUGGUGAAGCGCUACCUAUGUGUUACUUCCCUGCUGGAUCAGCUGAAUAACAGUCCAGAGCCAGGAGCAGGAGACCAAAGCUCUCGGUGCCCCACAAGGGAGAAAAGCCGGGGACAGCGGGAGCUGGAGUUCAGUAUGGCUGUGGGCAACCUCAUUUCAGAGCUGGUGCGGAGCAUGGGCUGGGCCCGGAACCUCAGCAAACAGGGCACGCUGCCUCCCCGGCCAAUCCGGUCCAUCUUUCAGCCCUGCAUUUCAGACCCCAGCCUUUUACUCCCCACCAUUGUCACCACCCCUAGAAGGCAAGGGUGGGCCUUCCUCCAGCGCUCGGAAUUCUCUAGCCGGAGCGGCUAUGGAGAAUACGUGCAGCAGGUGCUGCAGCCCGGGAUGCGAGUGCGGAUGCUGGAUGAUUAUGAGGAGAUCUGUGCUGGGGAGGAGGGCACCUUCCGGCAGAGCAACAAUGGCGUGCCCCCUGUGCAGGUCUUCUGGAAGUCGAGGGGCCGCACCUACUGGGUGCACUGGCACAUGCUGGAGAUCCUGGGCCCUGAGGAGCCUACUGAGCGUACAGCUUCAGCAGCUGUGGAGAAGGGAGCAGGGGCUACUGUGUUGGGCACAGUAUUUCCCUUCUGGGACUGGAAGCCUGUGGAUGGGCUCUACUCUUUGCCAUACCUUCAGCCUGAGCCUCAGAAGAAUGAGGGAUUGGGAUAUUUGACCCAGGCUGAGUGGUGGGAACUGCUUUUCUUCAUCAAGAAGUUGGACUUAUGUGAACAGCAGCCAAUUUUCCAGAAUCUACAGGAGAACCUGGAUGAGACCCUAUGUGAAAAGGCCCUAGGUGAGAUCUCCGUGCCUGUAGAGAUGGCUGAGGGUCUGCUGCAGGUUCUCACUAAUCGGUUUGAGGGCAGCACCCUCAAUGACCUACUCAACUCCCAAAUCUACACCAAGUAUGGGCUGCUGCAUGAUGAACUAAGCAGCUCAUCUACUUCACGAAGUCAGUCCUAUACCCCAGAAAUGGCUAGAGCCUUGCGGGGUCCUGGUCCUCGCAGCUCCCUGGAUCAGCAUGUUGUGGCAGUCGUGGCCACUGUGCAGAUAUCCAGCUUGGACACAAACCUGCAGCUUUCAGGGCUCUCUGCCCUCUCUCAGGCUCUGGAGGAGAUCACUGAGCGGGACCACCCUCUGGUCCAUCCUGACAAAUUGCUGAGAGAGAAGCUAGUGAAGACGCUGGUGGAGCUGCUGACCAACCAGGUGGGAGAGAAGAUGGUGGUGGUGCUGGGCCUGCGCCUGCUUUACCUGCUCAUGACCAAGCACGAGUGGCGGCCACUCUUUGCCAGGGAGGGUGGCAUCUAUGCUGUGCUGGUUUGCAUGCAAGAAUAUAAGACUUCCGUCUUGGUGCAGCAGGCAGGGCUGGCGGCACUGAAGAUGCUGGCCAUAGCCAGUUCCUCGGAGAUCCCCACAUUUGUCACUGGUCGAGAUUCUAUCCACCCUUUGUUUGAUGCUCAGAUGACCAGAGAGAUCUUCGCCAGCAUUGACUCAGCCACACGCCCAGGCUCUGAGAGCCUGCUACUUACUGUCCCUGCAGCUGUGAUCCUGAUGCUGAACACUGAGGGGUGCUCUUCCGCAGUGAGAAAUGGCCUGCUCCUACUCAACCUGCUUUUGUGCAACCACCACACUCUGGGAGACCAGAUUAUAACCCAAGAGCUGAGAGACACCUUAUUUAGGCACUCAGGGAUAGCACCGGGGACAGAACCCAUGCCCACCACACGUACCAUCCUCAUGAUGCUUCUCAAUCGAUAUUCAGAGCCACAAGGCAGUCCUGAGCAUGCAGCACUGGAGACCCCCAGCGCCCAGGGCCAGGAUGGGUCCCCUGAGCUACUGAUUCGAUCCCUGGUGGGGGGCCCAUCUGCAGAACUACUCUUGGACUUGGAGCGCAUGCUGUGCCGGGAGGGCAGCCCAGCGGGUGCGGUGAGGCCCCUUCUCAAGCGCCUCCAGCAGGAGACCCAGCCCUUUCUCCUCUUGCUGCGGACUCUGGAUGCCCCGGGGCCCAACAAAACUCUGCUGCUGACUGUGCUGAGGGUCAUGAUUCGACUGCUGGAUUACCCUGAGGCAACGGUCCUCCCCUGGCAUGAGGUCCUGGAGCCCUGCCUCAACUGCCUGAGUGGCCCUAGCAGUGAUUCUGAGAUUGUUCAGGAGCUGACCUGCUUCCUGCAUCGCCUGGCCUCCAUGCAUAAGGACUACGCCGUGGUGCUCUGCUCCCUGGGAGCAAAAGAAGCCCUCUCCAAAGUCCUGGACAAGCACUCGGCUCAGCUGCUGCUGGGCUGUGAGCUUCGAGACCUGGUGACAGAGUGUGAGAAACAUGCACAGCUCUAUAGCAAACUUACCUCCAGCAUCCUAGCUGGCUGCAUCCAGAUGGUGCUGGGCCAGAUCGAAGACCACAGACGAACCCACCAACCCAUCAACAUCCCCUUCUUUGACGUGUUCCUCAGGCAUCUCUGCCAGGGCUCCAGUGUGGAAGUGAAGGAGGACAAGUGCUGGGAGAAGGUGGAGGUGUCCUCCAACCCACACCGGGCCAGCAAGCUGACGGACCGCAACCCCAAGACGUACUGGGAGUCCAACGGCAGCACUGGCUCCCACUACAUCACCUUGCACAUGCACCGUGGUGUUCUUGUUAGGCAGCUCACUCUGUUGGUGGCCAGUGAGGACUCAAGUUAUAUGCCAGCCAGGGUGGUGGUGUUUGGGGGUCACAGCGCCAGCUGCAUCAGCACUGAACUCAGCACGGUGAAUGUGAUGCCCUCCGCCAGCCGGGUGAUCCUCCUGGAGAACCUGAACCGCUUCUGGCCCAUCAUCCAGAUCCGCAUAAAGCGCUGCCAGCAGGGUGGCAUCGACACCCGGGUUCGGGGUGUGGAGGUCCUGGGCCCCAAGCCCACUUUUUGGCCACUAUUUCGGGAGCAGCUAUGUCGCCGUACAUGUCUCUUCUACACAAUUCGGGCACAAGCCUGGAGCCGGGACAUAGCAGAGGACCGCAAGCGCCUCCUCCAGCUCUGUCCCAGACUGAACAGGGUUUUGCGCCAUGAACAGAAUUUUGCUGAUCGCUUCCUCCCUGAUGACGAGGCCGCCCAAGCAUUGGGCAAGACCUGCUGGGAGGCCCUGGUCAGCCCCCUGGUGCAGAACAUCACCUCCCCUGGUGCAGAAGGUGUGAGUGCCCUGGGAUGGCUGCUGGAUCAAUACUUAGAACAACAAGAGAGCUCCCAGAAACCCUUGAGUCGAGCAGCAUCCUUUGCUUCUCGAGUUCGUCGCCUUUGCCACUUACUGGUGCAUGUGGAGCAUCCUCCUGGGCCUUCUCCUGAGCCAUCCACUCGGCCCUUCAGCAGGAACAGCAAGGGUCGGGAUCGGAGCCUUGCGCCUUCACCAGCUCUUCCAAGCAGCAGCCUAAGGAACAUAACCCAGUGCUGGCUGAGUGUGGUGCAAGAGCAGGUCAACAGAUUCCUGGCUGCAGCCUGGAGGGCCCCAGACUUUGUGCCUCGUUACUGUAAACUCUAUGAACACUUGCAGAGAGCAGGCUCAGAGCUGUUCGGGCCUCGGGCAGCCUUCACACUGGCUCUGCGCAGUGGCUUCUCUGGCGCCUUGCUGCAGCAGUCCUUCCUCACCGCUGCUCACAUGAGUGAGCAGUUUGCCAGGCACAUUGACCAGCAGAUCCAGGGGGGCCUGACUGGUGGAGCCCCUGGAAUGGAAAUGCUGGGGCGGCUUCAGCGGCACCUGGAACCCAUCAUGGUCCUUUCUGGCCUGGAGCUGGCCACAACUUUUGAGCACUUCUACCAGCACUACAUGGCAGACCGUCUUCUGAGCUUGGGCUCCAGCUGGCUGGAGGGGGCUGUGCUGGAGCAGAUUGGCCUCUGCUUCCCCAACCGCCUGCCCCAGCUGAUGUUGCAGAGCCUGAGCACCUCGGAGGAGUUGCAGCGCCAGUUCCACCUCUUCCAGCUCCAGCAGCUUGAUAAGUUGUUCUUGGAGCAGGAGGACGAGGAGGAAAAGGGACUGGAGGAAGAGGAGGAGGAAGAAGAGGAAGAGGAAGCUGAGAAAGAACUGUUUAUCGAAGAUCCAAGUCCAACAGUGUCUAUACUGGUCCUGUCACCACGUUGCUGGCCAGUGUCCCCGCUCUGCUACCUGUACCAUCCCAGAAAGUGCCUUCCCACAGAAUUCUGUGAUGCCCUUGACCGUUUCUCCAGUUUCUACAGCCAGAGUCAGAACCAUCCAGUCCUGGACGUGGGGCCACAUCGGCGACUGCAGUGGACAUGGCUGGGCCGGGCUGAGCUGCAGUUUGGGGACCAGACCCUGCACGUGUCCACCGUGCAGAUGUGGCUGCUGUUGAAUUUCAAUCAGAUAGAGGAGGUGUCAGUAGAGACCUUGCUGAAGAAUUCCGACCUCUCCCCAGAGCUGCUGCUCCAGGCACUCCUGCCCCUCACCUCAGAGAAUGGCCCUCUAGCCACGUGUGAGGGUCAGGAUUUUCCACAUGGGGGUAUGCUGCGGGUUCGUGAGUCUGGGCCCCAGCCCAGUGGGGAGGCCCUGUGGCUGAUACCUCCCCAGACGUACCUGAACGUGGAGAAGGAUGAGGGCCGAACCCUGGAACAGAAGAGGAACCUCUUGAGCUGUCUUCUUGUUCGUAUUCUCAAAGCCCAUGGGGAGAAAGGCCUCCACAUUGAUCAGCUGGUUUGUCUGGUGCUGGAGGCCUGGCAGAAGGGUCCAAAUCCCCCUGGAAGCCUGGGCCGUGCUGUUGCUGGGGGCGUGGCCUGUACCAGUACAGAUGUCCUCUCUUGCAUCCUGCACCUCCUGGGCCAGGGCUACGUGAAACGGCGUGAUGACCGGCCCCAGAUCCUGAUGUAUGCUACUCCAGAGCCCAUGGGGCCCUACCGGGGCCAGGCGGACGUCCCUUUCUGUGGCAACCAGAACACCAAGACCUCCAAGCCUAGCCCAGAAGCUGUGGCUGCCCUGGCAUCUCUGCAGCUGCCUGCAAGCCGCACCAUGAGCCCCCAGGAGGUAGAAGGGUUGAUGGAACAGACGGUGCGGCAGGUGCAGGAGAUGCUGAACUUAGAGGCAGAUGUGGCUCAGCACCUUUUGGCUCAUUCCCACUGGGGUGCCGAACAGCUGCUGCAGAGCUACAGCGAUGACCCUGAGCCUCUACUGCUGGCAGCUGGGCUGUGCGUGCCUCAGGCCCAGGCUACCCCGACACGCCCCGACCACUGCCCUGUCUGUGUCAGCCCCCUGGAGCCCGAUGACGACUUGCCGUCGCUCUGCUGCAUGCACUUCUGUUGUAAGUCUUGCUGGAAUGAGUAUCUAACAACUCGGAUCGAGCAGAACCUUGUCCUUAAUUGCACCUGCCCCAUUGCCGACUGCCCGGCCCAGCCCACCGGAGCCUUCAUUCGUGCCAUUGUCUCCUCGCCAGAGGUCAUCUCCAAGUACGAGAAGGCACUCUUGCGUGGUUACGUGGAGAGCUGCUCCAACCUGACCUGGUGCACCAACCCCCAGGGCUGUGACCGCAUCCUGUGCCGCCAGGGCCUAGGCUGCGGGACCACUUGCUCCAAGUGUGGCUGGGCCUCCUGCUUCAACUGUAGCUUCCCUGAGGCACACUACCCUGCCAGCUGUAGCCACAUGUCUCAGUGGGUUGACGAUGGUGGCUACUACGACGGCAUGAGUGUGGAGGCCCAGAGCAAGCACCUGGCCAAGCUCAUCUCCAAACGCUGUCCCAGCUGUCAGGCUCCCAUCGAGAAGAAUGAGGGGUGCCUGCACAUGACCUGUGCCAAAUGUAACCAUGGAUUCUGCUGGCGCUGCCUCAAGCCCUGGAAGCCAAAUCACAAAGACUAUUACAACUGCUCUGCCAUGGUUAGCAAAGCAGCUCGCCAGGAGAAGCGGUUCCAGGACUAUAACGAGAGGUGCACUUUCCAUCACCAGGCCCGGGAGUUUGCUGUGAACUUGUGGAACCGGGUAUCUGCCAUCCAUGAGGUACCCCCGCCCAAAUCCUUCACCUUCCUCAAUGAUGCCUGCCGGGGACUGGAGCAGGCGCGAAAGGUGCUGGCCUAUGCCUGCGUGUACAGCUUCUACAGCCAGGACACGGAGUACAUGGAUGUGGUGGAGCAGCAGACUGAGAGCCUGGAGCUGCACACCAAUGCCCUGCAGAUCCUCCUCGAGGAGACCCUGCUGCGGUGCAGAGACCUGGCCUCCUCCCUGCGCCUCCUGCGGGCCGACUGCCUCAGCACGGGCAUGGAGCUGCUGCGGCGGAUCCAGGAGAGGCUGCUGGCCAUCCUGCAGCACUCCUCCCAGGAUUUCCGGCUUGGUCUCCAGAGUCCAUCAGUAGAGGCCCGGGAGGCGAAAGGCUCCAACGUGCCUGGCAGUCAGCCCCAGGGCCCCUCAGGGCUGGAGGUGGAAGAGGAAGAAGAAGAGGAGGAAGACGAUGAGGACGAUGUUCCAGAGUGGCAGCAGGAUGAGUUUGAUGAGGAGCUGGACAAUGACAGCUUCUCCUAUGAUGAGGAGUCUGAGAACCUGGACCGAGAGGCUUUCUUCUUUGGUGAUGAGGAGGACGAUGAUGAUGAGGCCUAUGACUGAGGAAGCAGGAUGCAGGAAACACCUGGAGCGCCCCAGAGUCCUAGGGCUGAGGGGGCAGGAGUUCACCCGUCCCCACUAUCAUGAGGAAGGGGAUCCCAGUGUCUGCAGCACCUUCUUCUGUUUCCUGAAUAAACUUUUUUUCACAUAC